GGUGUCCUCUUUAUUUGUGUUGAAGAGACAGCGAUGGAGAAUGAGCUGCUUGUGACCACCGAUGGAAGCGCCACAAAACUGGAGCAAGAGAUGAAAUCCCUGAUAGCCAGCAAAGAUAAGCUGCUGACUAGCAUCAGCGAGAAAACAACAGCAAUUGCCAAUGAGGAAUCACGGCAUGCAUGCUUGAAGCAGGACACAGACGUACUUCGUAAGAGGAACCAGGCCCAGCUGACUCGACUGAGGCGACAGCUGAAGGAGGCCCAGCUGAGGAACAAACAGUGGCAUGAUGAGGCCUGUCAGCUGGAAAACCAGAUAGAACAACUGCGCAAAUUCACAGAGGAAUAAAACUAUGGGUUGGUGAUUCCUCAGUUUUGUUUAUAACUGUUUGCGAUCAAUGUCUAAUGGAUGUGCUUAAAUAAAUAGACCAUUGUGGUACAGGUUGUCCCACAAAAAAACGGGCAUGUUUUCAGUAGUGCUGAGUAGAAUAAUUGGUCUUCCAAAUGCUUUUUAGUUGGUUUCAAUUGGGACGUUUUGCUCAAAAGACACAGCAAUCAUAAUACGGGACGUGAAAAACCACUUGGGCCACUUUUUUUAUAUAUCAAGUUUACAGAUCGAAGCCAAAGGAUGUAAAUCCUUUCUCACUUUCAAGGAAAGUGGCCCAAGACGAGUCGACCCUUGGAACUAAUAUGAAGCAUAGCAUUAUUGUUCCAAUGCAUCACUUUGAAUGAAAUAAAGUUCGUAUGGUAGAUUGGUUAUUCGGCCAAGAGGUAAUUUGAAAAUAUUCAAAACUCACAUGCAAUAUCAAUUUAUUGAUUGGUUUUCGGCUGUUACUUUUUUGGUGGGACAACCUGUAUUAUACAAAUAUUGACUGUUUGGAGUGGUGUAAAGAAACUAGCCUCCUUAGGUGAGCCAUAGAAUGUGAUCCAUAGAAUGCUCCAUGGAUCACCAAGGGAGGCUAGUUUUACUACACCACGAGAUAAAGCAGUCAAUAUUUGUUUUAUAGCACCUCUCCCACAGAUUCUGCGUGAUUUUAAGCGACAACUAAUUAAUUUAAUCUAAAUACAAUUAGACAUACUUUUAUUUGCAUACGAAAUUAGUUGAAAUUUACUGACCACACUUAAUACCGGUUGCCAUGCACAGCAAGAUGACAAAAAUAGUGAAUGCCAUGUGACUAGUUCUCAGCCAAGUCAAGAUACAGAAUCUGUGGGUGAAGUGAUAUAAGAAGUCUUAUCUAUAGAUACAUGACAUCUUCUAACACUUCACUCCAAGGACAGUUACAUGUAUUUGUUCCUAUUGACAUGCAUGAGUAGACAGAUUGUAUUUUCAUUGUUACUUAAUUUAAAUAAAACUUGCCCUUGGUGUGCAAGGGCUCUAAAGUGAAAGAAUCUGACACUUUACAUGUGGCACCUCAAAAAAUGGUAGAGGUAGUUUGGUCUGCAGAGGUCAGUUUUUGUAAAAAGUUUUUGUAAUAAGUGGGUAUUUAUAUAGCACACAUAUCCACCAGGACUGGGGCUCAAGGCACUACGUCAUUAUUACCACUGCUCAUUGGGCCCAUGAAACAUUCCAAAUACCACCUCAGCUCCCUGGGGGUAUACAGCUUGAUGCUGCCUGUUAGGCACAAGGUAGCUAAUUCAAUCACAAUAACCAUCUCUGCCCUCAUA